ACAGGGGGCGGUGGAGGCAGCGGCCAUUUUGGCUUCGCUGUGAAUGUGACGGGAGAGAGCAGGGAAGAGGGCGCCGGAGCAGGAGCGCCUCAACCCUCUCCUUCCUCGGCCCGGCCGACCCUAUUCUCCACGCCCCGUCAUGUCUGACACGCUUGGCGGCGGCGACGGCCGUUCUGACGAGACCGGCGACGAGAAACAGGAUUCGCAAGAGAAGGAAGCAGCCGUCCCCGAGAGAGCGGAGGAGGUGAAGCUAAAAGCCAAAUACCCCAACUUAGGACUUCAGAAGCCUGGAGGCUCUGACUUCUUAAUGAAAAGACUCCAGAAAGGGCAAAAGUACUUUGACUCCGGGGAUUAUAACAUGGCCAAAGCAAAGAUCAAGAACAAGCAGCUGCCAGCCGCUGGGACCGACAAGAACCUGGUGACGGGGGAUCAUAUCCCGACGCCGCAAGAUCUCCCGCAGAGGAAAUCUUCCCUCGUGACCAGCAAGCUGGCGGGGUAACCUACACGACUCCUGAUGGGUUUUCUUUUUUCUUUUGGGGCUUUUGAUUUUCUUCUCUGGUCAGUCCAAUUCAACUUUGCUGCAUCACAAGGCUGGGAUAUACCGCAGGACUUGUUCUAGCCUCUGGAAAUAUCUAUAUUAAUCCCAAACCGGAAGCCUGACAAACCGAUGUGGCUUUUCUCUUUUGCAAUUCUGAUCUGAGUUGUUUGUUGUUAUUUUUCUUGUAGCUGAUAAUGGGCAGUGCAAACAGGUUCUUAUCAUUUUUCUCGCCUGCUGGGGCAGAUUCAGAGCCUUGCUUUCAGGCAGGGGCGGUGCCAGGGGAGGGGGUGUCCUCCCAGGGCAAAGUCUGAUUUUUCUAUAGCUUGUGGUUGCUCUUCCUUACAAAGCUGCAGAGAGCUGGUGAAAUAGGCCUGCGCCUGUGCGUUUGCCCUGCUACUGCGAGCUUGGAAAGACGAGCUGGAAUUGUAAGCAGCAUCACAGGGAGCUUAAGAACAGAACUAUAAUUCAGAACAAUGCUCAGCAUUAUUAUCUAAUGCUUUAAGGUGUGCAGAGCAUUGUAUAGACCUGAUUGUUGUCCUUGCAACAACCCUGGUCAUCCAAUACUUUUGUCUGCACGUGGCUGGGGGUGGGAAGGGCUUGAGGCUGAGAGAGGCGGGUUCGCUUCAGAUCAUUUUGGGAGCUCAGCGCAGAGGUGAGAUUUGAGCUGGGGGCUUUUUACAUCUGCAGUGCGGUUUCUAGAGCCACGUGGCUGUACAAGCCUUUUGUAAGAAGAGCCCUGCUGGCUUAGGCCAAGGAUCUUGCUAGCCCACGAUCCUGUGUCCCACUGGGGUCACUGGGAAGUUUAAAGCAGGGCACUGAGGCAACAGCCCUCUCUGACAUGUAUCCCUAACACCCCAUCAUAAGAGGUGCCAUUUUAUCUAUCAUGGUGAAUAGUGGUUGCUAGACCACAUCCAUUCCUAGCUGGGACUGAUGGGAGUUGUAAUGCGGGACACUGGAGGUUGCCAGGUUUGGGAAAGGCUGGUCUAAGCAGUUUUCUAAAUGCUCUGUAAGCUCUGCUGAGAUAGCGGGGACUUGACAGAAGCCAGGCAGCGACACUGUGGCUGUGCUAGGCUGUGUGAAGCCUCCACACAAUGGGUUGGGUGACCAUUGUGCCUCUUGGCCUAAUCAAUACACAUGGGGGGGACGGCACACAUUUCAAGGCCAUCUCCUCAGGGAGGUCCACGUCCUAUCCUGCAAGCCCCUGAGCUAACAUUUGGGGUUAGCGUCGCUUUUCAAGAGUCAGAGACGGCGUGGUAAAAAAGGAUGCCGUGUUUGUUCCAAAGUAGAUUUGAAAACCAUAUUUCUUAGAUCAGCUUAGAUAGGUGUAAGGAAUGUGCAAAGUUUCAACUUUCACAGGGCUCUUCAGCAAACAGGCAAGCUGUCAUCUUGUCUAGCUCUAGUUGGCAACUCGCUUGCCUGAGGAGCUCUUUGACAAAAUGGCUGGGGGUGGGUCACGGUCCCAGACCACCACUUCUUCCACCCCCAUAAAGGGUUUGCUGCACAAUCCCAUGACUCUAGCUCUGGCUUGCCCAUGCCCGCGGUUCGCCUCUGGGGUUGGCAGUUUGGGGGGCAGGUGUGUGCUGAGGGCAGCCUGUUGCUGACUCUGGUACCACAUAAACGUUUAGUCACCUUCAUUCCCUAGACAGCUUUUUUUUGGGGGGGGGGGAAGAACAGCAGUUUGAAAGCAGGCUGUGCUCCCCCUUGUGUUUUUAAAAACAAUAAAACAAAAUCCUGUGCCAACAAAAGCAGGAAUCUGCAAUCUGUGUAAAUCAUGGAAAUUGUAGAGCCCACACAAAUGUUGGCUGCUUUUCAGCCAUUCUUGUUAUUGGAAUGGAGAAAUCCUAGUCAACCCUCCAAAACCCUGCUUCUGACAGUGCAGCAAAGUUUACUGUCCAUGUACCUCUGAGCCUUUUCCCCCCCAAUAGCCUUAAGGACUAGGACCUUGAUUUAGUUUUUAGCCGAACGCUGGGAUUCUCGGGAUACCAAGUUCCACACCUGAUGGUGUCCUCUUCCAAAUUUCAGGAUGUGCACAGUACUGUUUGUAGGCUGCAAAACUGCCUUGUUCAGAAAUAACCCUGAUUCCAGUUUUGUUCCUGACAACCUUAACUGCUCCCCCCACCCCCCAAAUUCGUUUACAGAAUGGACGUACUUCCAAUGUAGUUGGUGAUGGUAAGAAAGCUUUUAUGCCUAAGGAAAGUGGGUUGAAUUCCUAUUUGAGAAGGGAGGGAUUGAUAAGAUAAUAAUGUUUACUCUAAUGGAACCAGUUUAGAUUUGAAUGGCGUCCAUGCAAGCACCUCAGUAUUGGGUGACAAAGGCAGAAUAUGUUCAGGAUAGUUCCAUUUGAGGAUUGAACUUGGCUGUACUAUGAUGCUUGACUUUGUUUGGCCCUUCCGGGGUCUCACUGUAUGAAAAAGCUUUCCCUAAAAAUCUUGAGUUGAGUGUAGCCACUCUGCUCCCCCAAUUCCUUGACUCCUUUGGCACUCAGCUGGAUUUUCAAAUGAGCAAAAUUUAGCGCCUUAACCGGGAUGAGCUUAUCACCAGGUUAAGACCUUAAAAGUCAGCUCUGGGACUGGUAGGUGUCGUAGGACCUGAAUGCAAUCUUUUCUCUGCCGUUGCUUUCCUAUUGCUCGCUCUAGAUCACACACGCAAAAAGCAGGUUUGUGUUGCCUGUUUGAGUUCCCACAAGUUAAAGUUCAGGGCAGCCCUUACAAGCCUGGCGCCCUCCAACUGUUUUGGACUACAACUCCCAUCAGCCCCACCCCCCCAGCCGGCAAAAAUCAAAAAGCGCAAAAGAUCGAUAUUUUAAAAAACAAAUAUCAUCUGGCAUCUGGAAGGGCAGAUCCCCCCCCUGGGGUCCUCAUGGCCUACAACAGUUGGUCAGGCAGACAUAAUUUAGCUGUGUUCAUUUCUCACCAGGCUGAGAUGCUGAACGAGAAAGUCCAGGAAGCGAGGGGGAAUCAGGCCUAGUUCCCAUCCUGGGCUUUGCCUUUUGAUGACGCCUGCAAAAGUUCUCCAGACAGUUUCCUGUUAAAAGUUCUGCCUUCUUGAGUCGAGAGCUCCUGGGGUGCAUUUUUGUAAGAGAAGCGAGCCAUAGGAGAGAGGAUGUGGCCAAAGCCUUGCCCUUGUGGCCUCUAGCAAUCCUGUUCAGCCUCAUCUCUUAGCGUGAGGGAUUUCACCAAGCCUGACCAGGCACUUCUCGUUCAUGAUGACCUCACGAUCUUAAGGACUAGAAACCUGGGGGAAUGAAAGUUCGGGAAGGCUGUAUUCUGCUUCCGCUACUGAAUCCUGCUCCUGCGCGGAAUCCAUGCAGGGUGCAUGCUCAAGGGGCGGGUCCUCUGCUGCACCACCCAAUUGGAAAUGAGAUCGCAAAGCCUGCACAAGUCAGUUGAUACAAAACAAAAUGCCAUGGUAGCAGUGUGACCAGUUGAUCCUCCACUCCCCCUCCGUGUCCUGCUUGGCCGGUGGUGCUUCGUGAUACAAGUCUGGGGUGGUGGUGGAGAGAAAACAUAUAUCAAUUCCAAGGAAAAUCCCAGUGAAGCAGGGGGUGAAAAAUGUGCCACCGGCGAGCCUUCACUGGCUUGAAAACCCGUAGGUUUGCAUACCUUGGCAAGAGCUUAUCAGCUGGGACAGAGAGCCUUCAGACCUUGGGAGUGGAACAGCCACCUCCCCCACCCCAAUCUGUCUCCUUGCUUCUCUCCAACGGCCCCUGUUCACUUGGCCUCCUCCCCUUGCUAUUUAAUCAGCAUCUCGUGUCGGCCUCAGAGCCUAACUCCAGGAGGGAGCUUCCUACCCGAGGGGAGCGGGUGCAAAUGAAACCAACCUGGGAAUCCAUGUUUGAAGUCCUUUUCCCUCCCAUCCCCGUUUUUCCUUGCAAGAUGUGCCCAGCAAAGCUUGCCUUUUGGACGAAAGGAGCAAGCACAGGUGAGAGACACGCAGGCUGGCGUGCCCUUGGAGUGCGCCCAUUUCUUUGCCUCGCUGGUGUCAGUCAGGAGAGUAUCAAACAUACGAAGCCGGUUUAAAGAAACUAAGCCAGCGAGGUCAGCCUGAGCAGGAUGGUGGCUGUGAGCUCCGAAAUAGAUGCUCUGGUGCUAGGACGUCCCGCGGCUCACAGUGGAUUAUUUGCUGUGUGGCAGACAACAGCUGCUCUGGCGAUAGCAGCCUUGGUUUCCAAAGGGUCGAGGAGCUAGGAUCUUUUGGGUGGUGCGGAGUUGCAGGAUCUGGGGGGUGUCUCCUGUUUUCCAAAUGUUUUGACCCCUUGCUCUGAUAUGCUGCUUUUAUGCAUCCCAUUCAGAUGCAGCGGGUGUGAGUUUUGGAAGGAAGGAUAUCUCUUGCCCGUUCCAAAAGGUGUUUCACAUGGAUUUGAGGGCUUCCACAUAAUAACUCCGAAUUAUUAUGGAAAAACGAUGAUGAGAAUGCUUGCUUUUCUUUGCUUUUCCAGAUUUGUAACACUGUCUGUCACUCUUGCUCUCUUCUUCCUUGCUCAGGUAUUUCUGUAGCUGCUGUCUCUCUCAUUUCUGUCCCAAUAGAUUAACCUUUAGUCAUGAAGAUGUCCUUCCUCCCUCGGCUGUUCCAUGCAUCUCACUCGAUCUGGGAUUCUUUAGAGCUGGUUGUAUUUAGAGGCUUUCUGUGCUCGCUCGCUCUCUAUUCAUAAGGCAUCUCUUCUCUCCUAAAAGGCCACUCCUGCUUCUUCCAGUCUCCUGUUUUCGAUCCCAUAAAGCAGGGGUAGCUAACUCUUUUUUUUUUUUUUGGCCCGAGGGCCGCAUGGCCUCAUUGCAAGCCUUCUGGGAGCCACAUGCCUGUGUUGGAUGUGGUUGAAGUGGUCGUGGCCAUCCCAAAGCCUCCCAUGUGAGCGCGCUCACACUCGCAGACCCAGUGCAUGCUUGCAGACAGACGGCGGUCCAAAUCAGGCCUGCAGACUGGUAGUUCGCCACCCUCCUCAACAAACUCUGCUUGGUUUUGUCUCAGCCGUACUGUAAAUAGAUAUGAAUCAUAUAUAUAUAAAUAUAUAUAAAUAUAUAUAUAUAAUUUUUUACAUCCUCUUCAUCUCUUCUAGUGUUUGCUUUUUUUCUAAAAAAAAAAAAAAAAAAGCCCAAAAACCAGCAACAAGCCCACAAUAACAACCUGCCGCAUCCUGCUAAUAGUGUAUAGCUGGCCCUGCCUCUCACCUGUCCCGUUUAGGCCCUCCUGCAGCAAGUUUGGGCUUUCUGAAGCUGCUCUUUCCGGGGGUUGAUGGUGUCAGGGUUGGUGUCCUCUGACGUGCGUUUGGGUGUCGUUGGGCUUUGCCAGAUUAAUGUGUUGCUUGAUGUAGAAAGAUGACUGGGUGUAAAAAAGGUUUGGAAAUAAAGUAACCCUUGUCUCGA